AUGCGAAGAGACUUCGCGACGCGGUAUGUCGAUGGGUGGACCGAGAUUCCCCCGACGCGCUUCCCGCGUCUCGGCAACCUUCACUUUCUGUUCCUGUUUUCUUCCCACCUCCUCGUCUUGGUCCAAAAGGCCCCAUUGACCAGCACGAAAUACACGGUCCUGAAGCUUGUUGAAGAUAUUGCGACCGCUAUUACAUCCUUUGUUUUUCAAAGGAUUCCUCUCGCCUCCGACGAAGCCUGGCGACCACAGCAUGCCAUGAACGGCACUCCCCGCCUUCCGUCUGCCUUUCCUCAGACGCCCCAGACGAUUCCAGGGAGAAGAAAGCUGUUUGAGACCCCUUCAAGGUCUUAUCCUCGCGAUGUGCCCGAUGUGCCUGAUGCGCGCGAUCGGAAAUCGCCUCCCAAGUCACCCGCCAAGGUAUCGAAACAAAAGCAAAAUACCAACACCCCGCUGGUCCCUGUCGACCUGGUCGAUGCGCCCUCGCAGAGACUGUACGUAGUGGCCUUCUAUCUCGCUCUGAACGCGUGGCGGGUAUAUGAAUCUUGGUUGGCAUCGGAUGAGUUGGACUCGACUUGGCUUUUCUUGAAGUGGGUGUCGGUGGAUGGCAUUUUUCUGUUCGGUCUCCAAGCUCUACGCAUACCAUGGCUGGAAUGGGCAUUUCCAACUACGCUGGCUCUGUUCUUGCUACACGUAGUGGGCAAUAUGUUUCUGAUGUUUCAGAUUCCGAUUCCACUGGGUGCAUGGCUUUCAGGAUUGGUCAAGGUAGCCUAUGACCGCGAAUUGUCUAUCUCCGAGCGCAAGGUCAAACCAGGGGACAUCAUUCAUAAUGCAUCGUUGAUUUUGGGGAAGCAAAUCGUGCACAUCCUGCCAGAAGGGUCUGCUGUCUUAAAUCCAGAACGUGUGCCGCUGUGUCUUGAUCCCCAGCAAAAUAUCAUCAACCUCCCAAUCCGGGUUAACCAGACCGACCCUAUCCUUAUCGAAAUCCUCCGUCUCGAUUUGAAUACCGGCGAAAACGAAACUCUAACCAUCCCGGCGAAGCAGUUGAAACAGCUCAAGCGACAGGCAGAGAAAAGACAUGCAUACCAGGAUCCAGUUCCACAUCGGGACAUCUUCUUCCCCGUGCGCAAGACUGGCAUCUAUCGUCUGCAACGAGUGGUUGAUGAAACUCAACUUGAUGUCCGAACACGCAUCUCUGACGCGCUGGUCGUCUCUUGCCCCAGAGCCCUAGUCAAGAAUUCCCACAUAAACAAAUGCAAGGGCGAGCUAUCAAAUUUGGUUCUCGAAGUUGAAGGGACUCCUCCUUUGAAAAUCAAGUACAGUCGACGGGUCAAUCAUCUCGACCGUGGAUUUUCGUUCCAGAACAUCCAACCUGAUAAUCUCCGAUCCCCAUUGUUAAACCAGAAAUCCGGCGGGGCACUGUUCAGUAUUAACCAGCCUGAUAUCUCAUGGGCCCAAGCCCAGAAGAUCGACGUUCCUUUGAAUGAAUCGUUGAAUGUCGGUGGAGAAUGGUUCUACGCCAUCGAAGAGGUCCAUGAUGCCUGCGGCAACGUGGCCAAUUAUUCUACUAUAUUUGAAGACGACGAGCGACCAUCUGCCAAGUCCUUGUCUCAGUGGCACCAGCUCACGAUUCAUGAGCGACCCCGCUUGGCUAUGUCGGGCUGUAACGACCAGCGUCCGCUGGAAGUUGCUCAAGGAGAUAGUGUUAAUUUUCCAAUCGAUUUCCAAACCGUGGGCAAUGGAUAUAGCAGUGAUGGUCCCUUCUCUGUCACCUACUCAUACAGCAGUGUCGAUAGCCCGCAGGAGAAGUCGGGUUCCGAAAUCAGCAAGACUCUGGUAUUGAAGACUCUAGACCAAAAGUCUCCAAUCAAAGAGCCUGGUUGGUACUCUCUGACGUCGGUGUCCAGCCAAUAUUGCGCAGGAGAAAUUUUGGAGCCUUCUUCUUGUUACUUGCACAACCCUCCCGAACCAGAAGUGUCUGUAAAGUCCGAAAAGGUCUUUGACCGGUGUGCCAAUAAUGCCGUUGGCCUACUGGUUGACCUAGAUUUCACGGGAUCACCACCCUUUCGUCUCCGAUAUAGCAUUGAAAGCCUCCAGGGAACGACGACCAAGGUUCAAACCGUCACGGGACUACGGACUCAACUGGAUUUCACUCCUAAAGAAGCCGGGUUCCACCGCCUUCAGCAAGAUGUCAAGCCCCCAGCUUCUGCACAGUUCGCUGGACCAAGGAAUGUGCGCAAAGCUUGCUUUGGCCAGAGCGUGUCUGUGGAUUUGUCUUUCUUGGGAGAAGCCCCAUGGACUUUGCAGUAUGAGCUUCUCCACAAUGGCAAGAGAACAAAGCAUACUCUUGAGUCAGAGAACGACUUGGCCACCAUUACUACUGAAAACUUGGUUAGUGGAGGCGAAUACACCCUCGCACUGACUAGCAUCAAGGACAAAUCGAAUUGCAAACGAUCUCUCAAAGACAGCAUCAAGAUUAACGCUCGCUCGAAGCCACCUCAUGCAACAUUUGGUCAAAUUGAUAAACAGAGGACUGUCUCAGCUUUACAAGGCUCUAAGAUUGAUAUCCCGCUAAGAUUGAGUGGCGAGAAACCAUGGCGAGUGAGAUAUAAGAAUGUUGACUCCAAUGAUCAUCCCGUGGAGAAAACAUUCUGGUCUGAGAACAGCAUUCUGACCGUCGAUCGUGAGGGCCUGUACGAACUGAUUGGUGUCGCCGAUGGCUCCUGUCCUGGGACAGUGGACCAGUCUGCCAAGGAAUUUGAAGUGUCAUGGAUCCCACAGCCUCAAGUCAUCGCUGUGGAUGGUUCUCCCGUUGGCCCUGCUGGUCAGUAUGCAAAGCCCGCCGUCUGCCAGGGCGAUGAUGAUCUUCUUGAGCUGCGCCUCUCAGGGACUCCUCCGUUCAAUGUUCAUUACCAACAACGACGCAAGUCAUCGGAACGCGGCUCCUCUUCUUUCGUUCAGGCACGCAUUGUGAAAUCUGCCUUGAACACAGCUUCGGUAGAGAUGGACACUUCUGAACCUGGUCUGUACACCUAUCAAUUCACAAAAGUGGGUGACAAUCUCUAUGACCAUGACCCAAAGAGCAAAGGGCUUGUUGUGAAGCAGCAAGUGAAUUCGCUGCCCUCUGCUCGGUUCGAUUCUCCUGGCCGCAUUUAUGGAUUCUGCAAAGAAGAUGUCAGUGGGGAGGAGACUAUUCCCAUCACACUAGAAGGCGUUCCUCCAUUCUCGCUGGAAAUUACCAUCAAACACCAUUCCAAUGCCAAGCCAGAAAUUGUCACUAUCCCCAAGAUCAACUCCAAUCGUCACAACUUGCCCAUUCCUCGCCGUCAUCUCGAUCUCGGCCAGCAUGUGGUAAGCAUUCACAAGGUUCGUGAUGCUCGUGGUUGCCAGAGGACAAGCGACUAUGACGUUUCCUCCGUCCGAGUUGCCGUUUCAGAUGUGCCCACCAUCAUUCCUCUCGAGUCCAAGGUCGAUUACUGUGUAGGUGAACGCCUAUCUUUCUCCCUCUCAGGACAUGCUCCGUUCGAUGUGUUUUACACCUUCAAUGGGGCACAGCGGAAGGCCACAUCGCAGAACACCAAUUUUCGUCGUAUUGCUGAGCGCCCUGGAGAGUUUACCAUCACCGCCGUCGGCGAUGGGGCCAGCGGCAAGUGCAAAGCGCACAAGGACAUCACCAAGGUUAUCCAUGAAAUGCCUAGUGUGCGGAUCAGUCAGGGCCAGGUGUCGGUAGUGGACAUCCACGAGGGUGGAGAGGCUGAGUUGAGCUUCGAGUUCUGGGGCACACCACCGUUUGAGUUCACCUACAUUCGAAGCUCCAAUGCUCGCAAAGGAAAGAAGUCUGAGAUUCUCGAUAUCAAGCAUGACAUUUCCUACGAGCACAAAAAGACUGUCAAGACCUCGGACGAAGGAACCUAUGAGGUCGUGGCGAUCAAGGACAAGUACUGUUCUUUCUCCUCUCAAGUGCCGGCGGGUAAGUCGGACCGGGGUUCUUCAUGA